CACUGUAAGCAUGGCUGGAGGAGAUGGAGAUAGGAAAGCUGUCUUGGAAAUGGUGCAGGCAGAUGGUGCAGAUGAGGGUUGUGUGACGUUUGUGCUGCAUGAGGAGGACCACACCCUGGGGAACUCACUCAGAUACAUGGUGAUGAAAAAUCCUGAUGUGGAGUUUUGUGGAUACAGCAUCACACACCCCUCAGAGAGCAAAAUCAACUUCCGCGUUCAAACUCGAGGUGGACUGCCGGCGACAGAGCCACUGCGUAAGGGUCUGAAUGACCUAACGGACGUUUGUCAGCAUGUCCUCCACACGUUUGAGGCUCGGGUGAAAGAGUUCAGAGACCGGCAGGAGGAGGCCAUGGAGUGAAGGGAGCGAAGCAGAUGACCUCUCUCGAGUAAACCUGUCACGUGUGAUGUGACGGAUACAGGACUCGUGAAUUUAAUGAUCAGACACAUCCAGCAACUGAACACACGUACACACCUCUGUUUAAAGAGCUCAUGUCACUGCAGGAUCAGGAACUGUCUGUUCAGUCCUUUUGUACAGUUUGAGUUUUAUAGUUUCAUCUAAGAAAGCA